AAGUGACCUAGGUUGGAGUAAAGGAGUUCAAGUGUGGCUUAAAAUACUAGCUGUGUGACUCUGGGCAAAUCACUUAACCCUGUUUGCCUCAGUUUCCUCAUUCAUUAGAUGAGCUGGAGAAGGAAAUGGCAAACCACUCCAGUAUCUUUGCCACGAAAACUCCAAAAUGGGGUCACAAAAUCAGAAACGACGGAACAAAUUAUUUUACCUCAAACUUCCUUUGAUGCUGUUUCCAGUGAAGAGAAGAAAAAGAGAAGCCUGCAUUUUGUAUUUAAUCAGGAAAAGAAAGUCCAAAUAGGGUAUAAUUAGAACAUUACUUACAUUAAAUAGUUCCUAGAGGAGAAAUGCACUAUUUUGAAGUGAACUUACUGAAUUUAUUAAAGUUAUAAGGUUUCCUUCCGUGGGAUAGCCGUGUACUCCUACGCAUGAACACUACAACAUUUGUUGUGAUCGGCUAGAGCUGCUUGCAGUUAAUUAUCAGGGGCUCCCAGGUGAAGGUAAAGGAAGGGCCCGGCGCGAGGAAGCUGCAUAAAAUUGGGUUUAGGGAGAGGAGGACGCCGGGCCCCUAAAUGUUCCCGGCGCUCACCUCUCUUCCUGCUCGCCAUCAAAUGGCCCCUCCCGCGGGAUGUUUUCCCACCCCUUGUUCGAGUUAGCCAAUGAGCACCUUGUCUCCGAGGGGGAGGCGGGACUUCCUUAUUUCAACCCCGGGACCGUUGAAUCGUUUUGAAGAAGCUCGGAGUAUCUUGUGGGGUCUGGGCUUAUCGUUCUCUUCCCCUACGGGUUAUAUCUUCCUCCGAUUUCUGGUACUCUCUGUUUAUGCCAGCGUACAAAACGCUUUCGCGGGAGUUUCCUCGAUGACCGCGUACGGACUAACAUGCUUUGAGAAAACUAUUCCAUGUUAUGGCCUAUUUAGUAUAGGGUUGUCUUUGGAAAACGCUUACAUUCAUUAGCAAUGGAAACUGAAGUUCGCAUGGUGCUUUAUGAAGAUGAUUCAGUGGAAGUACAUUAUAUUGAUGGCUCCAAAUUACAACUUUCUCCAUGUGGUUCUGAAUACCUAUUUGAAAAGGCACCUCCUAUUUCAGCACAUCCUUUGCAGCAACCAGAAAGAAUUCGUCAAAGGACCCAAUUUGUUAUUAGUAAUUACAGAGAACAAUUACUGCGGGCUCUAGAUUUUAGAAAUUGCUUUUCUAGUCGCCCUUUUUUACCUGAAAGCAUCAUACCUUCUGAAAGAAAACAGUCUGUCUUCACCGAUAUCUCAGAAGUCAGAUGGCCCAGUCCUGAUACUCACAAUGCAGUGAUAUGUCUGGAUGAUGGCAUGGUGAAGAUUUCAUCUUUAGAUGGUUAUGCUUCUCUUUGCCUACCAAAAGAGCAGCAUGAAUUUACUAUACGGUUUUUAUGCAAGAUCAGCCAAAGAUCUCACUCACUAUCAGAAAAGAAGAGUAAUAACUUAAAGAAAGUGGAUAAACACUGUGGAAAAGCAAGCAAAAACUGUAUGUUUAGAGCAUCUUCUGAUGGACCAAGUUUGAAGAAUAAGGAAAAUGAUUCAUAUUGCCAUUUCACCAAAUCCAAGGAAGUAUUAGGGGCAAAUAAUUUUAUAAAUGGAUCUGAAGGGAAAGAGCUGGCACCUUUGUAUCACAAGAAAUACACAUUUGUGUACAUUUGGGUGAAGCAGUGCUGGUCUGUGGACUCCUGUCCAGAAGAAUGGAAAUACCCUUUAUCUCUGGCAUUUAACUUUCUUCAUAAACUUAAUAACACAUUGAAAGCUGAUCAGACUGCUAGCCAGAUUACAGUCCUAGCAUCUUGUAUUUCAAAGGAGGGUGACAAGGUUUCUGUUCUUCCAAGAGCUCUUCCCCUCAGCUGUCAUAAUCCACAUUUGCACAGGUGGAAUUUCUCUGAUUCAUCUUUACAGGAACAAGAAUACAUCUAUCCUGAACUAAUAAAAGUAGUGUGGUACAAAGGUACUGUAUUUAGACUGACUCAUGAAACUGUCAACUCAAUAGAAAUUUUUCCUGGUGAUGGAUCUAUUCUCAAAUCAGAAGGAACUUUUUGGGGGAACUAUUUCACAUUGUCUUCAGUAUACAAAGGAUCAGAACAAAAAGAAGAGAAAAUGUAUUCGAUACAAAAUCUUCCUCCAGAUCGACCAGGUAGUCCAUAUUCUGUGUGUUCCCUUAUUAUACAGGCCAGCAGAAUUCUUCGACAUUGUGUCAAAACUAGACUUUCUUUAAGCCAUAACUAUAAUAUAUGCUGCUGGAAAAUGGUUUCUGGAUCAAAUGAAGGGAACAUACCAGUACUUUUGAGUGAAACUCUUAUUCCUAUGAUAGGAAGGUUUUUUGUAUACUCUGAUGAUAAAGUAUAUGCUAUCUUUUUGGAUGGCAUUUCCCUAACCCUAAUUUGGAACUUCGGAAAGAGACAGGCAAAUCAGGGAGUCACCUUAGGUUGGUGUAAAUUAACGCUUCCAGAUGGACAAGAUCAGUUAAUUCAAAUUGAACAUCCUGGACAAUUUGAAAGGUAUGUGGCUGCAGUAGUAGAUUGGUGUAGGAGUCUGACUCGGGCUAAUCCACAGAAGAUGUUAACAUAUCCUUCAUCAUCAUCCAUUACUGAAGAAAAAUGGUCCAUUAUUUCUGAACUUGAAAAAAUACAGAAAUUUAACUUUUUAUUGGAGAAUGACAGCAUCCUAAAUCAGAUUUCUACUAAGAAAACUGAGCAAUCAUCUUCUGAUGUUUCCAGAUCAAGAUCUUCAGAACCCUAUAGCUGUUUUGAAGAAGUUAAUAAAAAGAGUGUAUCCAUAGCAUUGAAAAAAACCUCUGAAAUUCUUCAGGAUAUUGAAUCUCUAUUAGCCUGUUCCAAAAAAUAAAAAAAAAUAUAUAUGUUUUCAAAGUAAAGGUUUUUGAACUGUGUCAGACUCUUAAGGUUUAUAUUUUAACUCUUAAGGUUAUUUAUUUUUAUAGGUUUAUAUUUAUACAAUUGACUAUCCACAAGAGAAUUAUCUGUAUACGUUAUUAUCAUUAAAAUCAAAUGAGAAAAUUUGUUCCUCUUGAGCUGGCUGCUCAGACAUAGUGUGAAAAUUUUUUCUAGUUUGUCAAUUUAUUUCAUACUACUUGUACAAAUUUUUGUAUGAUAGUACUACUUAACAUAAGUUAAAAUUUGGAAAUGUAUUUUUUAAAGUAAUCAUGAAUAUCAUAUUGCUUCAAGAAAUAAAAAAAAACUCUGAGAAA